CAAACUGCAACCAAGCAGACGGAGUUGCGGAUCACCAAGGAGCGUCUGAUCCGCGUGUCCGGCAGCGUAGGUUCUGCAGAGUCUCAGCUGCAGCGAACUCUGCAACAGCGCGAAACUCUUCAGAGGAACAUCGCACUAACAGAUGCAGAGCUACAGAACUGGCAGCAACAGAGAGACUCUGCAGCGCACCAAAGCGCUGUGUGUCAGCAAGAGAAAAUGGCAGAGUUGAAGUCUCUCGAAGAUGACUUUGAUGUCCAACAACAGAAUAUUCUCAACAUCCGGGACAAAAUCGAACGAACACAAUGCCAAUUGUGGGAUAAACAACAGCAGUUGGAGGAAUGGAGACGCAGGCUGGAGCAGCUGGAGGCGGUGAAGCUGGAGGUGGAGCAAGCGAGCGCUGCGUCUGGAGACUUGGCCGCCAAGAGGACAGAGAUCACCAGACUCCAGACACAGUGGCGCAGUUUGGAGGUACAGCAGAGCAGCGCAGCGGCCGCGCUUCAUAAAGCCCUUGAGACCGAAGACUGUCUACGUUAUAGAGGAGAAGCGUGUCUCGCGAAGGUGCGCAGCGCGCCGUUCGACGCCGCUGCCUCCUGCGCCAUGCGACGCGAGGCCGUCAAAAGGAACAUAACUGCCCUUACCAAGGAAGCGAAAGCACUUGAGCAGCAGGUGCAGACGGUGCGUGCAGAAGCAGCAACGGUGCAGGAGGCGCUGGGCAGGAAGGAGAAGCUGUACAGCAGCUGCGUGCGCCAGCUGCAGCACGCAGCUGUCCAGCUGCAGCAGGUGGUGCUACUCAAGGAGCAGCGAUGCGUACACCUGUCAGCUGAGCACGCACGAGCCCGCUACCUGUCAGCGCUGCUGUCCGGCAGCUAUAAGCCGCUGACUGCUGCCACCAAGUCAGCUCAGUCAGCGCUACAGGAGCGCCUGAAGAGCAGACAGUCAGCUUACCUAGGCGUGCUGACUCAGCUCUCCACCCAUCACCCUCAGCUGACUGAUCAGCUUGCACUCAUCUACGCAUUACUGGAACCCCAGCAGUUUUUUUAG